AGCACACGCACUGCUCCUCUCGCCCAUCCGCGCCUUCUUCUUCCCUAGCCCUCACCGACGACGUGCGGCAGCAGAGCGACACCAGCCAGGGAAGACAUCGAGAUGUCUCGGUACGUGGAGAUGCUGGACAUGGGCGUGCGCAUCGCGGCGAGGUUCCACUCCCACUGCCCGCAGACGGCGCGGAUGUACUACAAGCCGCCGCAGACCCAGGCGGCGACGUCUUCGUCCUCGGCCGAGGACAACGCCAAGGCCAGGAGCUUCGGCCUCCACGCGGCGCCUGUCCUGCGGCCCUUCUCGGAGGCUAUGGAUGUCGGCGCCGGCGACCGUCCAGGCCAUCAGCUUCACGACUUCGACACAGCGCAGGUCAUCGUGUACGAGGUUAUCUGAGGAAGGCUGGAGGUAGAGAGCAAGGUUUCCGCAAGUGCCGCGAGAGGUUUCUUGCGAGCUGAAGAUUUUUGGAGGAGGGAAAAACAAUUUGUAGAUGUGUAUAGUACUCUAUUCUUUGAUUUUGUAGUACGUGUCUGUGUGGGAAAAUUCACUCAACACGGAAGAAAACAUUCAUUGAACAAGCAUCGAUGGGCACUAUUCCUCUGGUUCCUUUUCGAAAUCGACCGAAUCCAUUAGACGAAAUCGGAACGGAAGUUCAGACUUCUGAGCGACGCUAUGCUCAAUCUGGUGCGGUGCGGUGCCAAUGGACCAACCGACAAGGGAUGGAUUGCAAGUUUGGAAGUUGAAAUGGGCUAACGAUUUGAGUUUGGAUGCUCUUUGGAUGGCGGGACUGGUCCAACGAAUCAAUAACGGGGUUGGUGAACCUACAGUGCUAGACGACGAGAACAAUUCGAUGGAUCAUGAAGUUGGGAGCGUGUUUCGGGUGAACAAGUUGCAAGACUGGCAGAUUCAGUACGCUUUUAUAUAUGAUGUAUGUAUUGAUGUGCUUGAUCAAGAAUCCAAGAUGGAGAAUUGGAGAUCAGCAGCAGUGGUAUUGGAAAUUUAUGAAGUGCGUCAGGCGCAGUGGAUCGAGGGAAAACCGGAAGAAUAAGAUAGUCCAAUUCGGACAUGUAUUUUCCACAAGCCAUUGCAGCCAUUCAUUUUCAAAUCAAGGGGUGGAUUGGAUCAUGGGUAGUUAAGAGGAUCAUGGGUAAGUGAGAAAUCAACGUCGGAUGGCACAUCAUAUAAGUGAGAUGGAUGGUGUAGAUAGUACAUGUGGCCACAUGUACAUGUCGAGCUCAGAGAGGGAAAUACAAUGCCUCCAAACUCA